GGAAGAGAGAGGAAGUUGCGGCUCUGUUCUCGAGACAAGCCGCCUUAAGUACGCUCGGAGCUUUUUGGAUUUUUGUUUUCCCGUCCAAGUAUGGCCACGCGAGAAGAUAUCAGGUUGUCAUGACGGCUCGCGGCUAUUCUCGAUGAAUUAAUUAUAAACCAAUGCCCUCGCACCAGGCACAAAAUGGCUCUCGGGACUCACUUCAUACAGCGCAUUGAUUGAAAUUUGAGGCUCCUCUGUGCGUAGCAGGGUCGCAUUCCCAAGUAUGUUCGUGCAUCUUUAAAUGCUGGGAGUUCGCAAUGACCGCCCGGGGCGAUACGGCAGCCGCAGCGUGCCCGCCGCCCGGGCACGUCUGGAUCCGGGAUUCACACUUGCUAAUCAGCCUGGAGAUCAAUUGCACAUCUCGAACAUGCGUUUCAGACUCCACUUUCGAACGUAUCAUGGCGGUCUUCAGAGCGGGCCGGCUUCGGAGGCUCGGGAGGAGUGGUCGUGAGGGACGGUCGCCAGGCUAACCCAGGGAAUCCAGCGAUGGUGGCGGUGCACUAUUGAUCGUGCCGUCUUUUCCUCAUGGAGGACACAUCGCGUCGCGGUCCUAGCGGAGAUCCUGCAACCCUUCGAAGCAUGAAAAUAUCUCUGGAUCGACUCGCACGAGUAGACGGCUCUGCCAGAUUCAGCUUCGGCAAAUCCACCGUCGCGCUCGCCUCGAUCUCGGGGCCCGUCGAAGUCCGGCUCGCAGCUGAGAACCCGUCUCUAGCGACGUUUGAAGUUCUCCUCCGCCCGCUCUCCAACGUGCCGAACACGCAAAGCAAAUCCCUCGCCGCCGCCAUCCGCGCCGCGCUCCUCCCGUCGCUCAUCCUCUCGCAGCACCCCCGCACGCUCAUCCAGCUCGUCGUUCAGGCGCUCAGCCCCGUGCGCAGCCCCGCGAAGAACACCCCCGACGCGCUCGUCGCGGCGAUGAUCAACGCCAGCACCGUCGCGCUGCUCAACGCCGGGUCCGUGCCGAUGAAAGCCGUCGUCUGCGCAGUGGCCGUGGGAAAGACCCGCGCAGCGCUCGUCGUUGACCCCAGCGAGGAUGAGGGUCCGCUUGACGCCAGCGGGUGCUUCGCGUUCGCGUUCGGAGGCGAGCCGGACGUGCCGAGAUGCGUGUGGUCCAAUUGGCGCUCGGUGUCGCCGGAGGGGCUGUUCGACGAGGACGAGCUGGCACAGGCCAGAAGUCUGGCGCUGGUAGCAGCGAAGAGCGUCUUGAACGGAAUCAAGACUGCGCUGCGGCCUGGCAGCGGGGAUGAAGACUCAGAGGAGGACGAAGGUGACGAGGACGACAAAAUGGAAAUCUCAUAGCACGAUGUGCUCGUGAGAGUACUCGGUAUGCGCUUGGACAAGAUUUUUCGGACCCGGUGUCCACCUGUAGGGGAUGAUCGUUGGAUGCAGCCGAUUGCAUCUCUCCAUCUUUCAGUUAUGCAGGGCGAUCUAGUCCAUUUGCUCAUGUCACUAGCGGAUCUCGACACUUGCGUGGCGCGAGGUCCGCAUACUACAGGGCUAUGGCCUGCAACUACUUCCAGAACCAGACAGAGACGAAAAUCCAUUCUAUAUGAAGCAAUAUAUGGAGCACAGCUCUGAUCUACAGAGCGAAUCUAUGAGAGAGGGAGAGACUCGUGCAAAUCCAAGAUGAAGCAGAUCCAAAUCCAAGAGAGAUCACAGAGAGACCGAGACCGAGACCGAGACGAGACAGCAGUGGUUGAUUUCCGCGCGGACGACAGACAGACGAAGACUCCCCUCCCAAGCUCGCACCAUGGAGCACACAGCCGCACUCAUCAUCUAACCCUCUGCACCGCAGCAAAGGCCCGUCAGCCCCGCUACGGCCAGAUUGCCGCCGUGCCGCGAAGGGGCGUCCCCACUUCUUGGCACGGCCAGCGACGUCUGAGCACGUUACUCGAGAUCAGUCGCGUGCAGUGGCUGGGUUAUCAGAGCAGCGAGAUGCGGUUCUUCCGGUUCAAAGCAUUGGUCAGAUUGUCGUCGUCAUUACUAUCGUCGUGGCGAGUGGUGCGCUCAACCCUGCCAGGCCCCGGCCCGGGGGUGGUUUAUGUGGUGGGUGGGCCGUAAGGAAGUGAGUGAUUGAUUGGGUGAUUGCACCGGUCCCUGGAUGUAUGCGUACGAAUGAGGAGUUUGGAUGCUGGGAAGGCGAGAUGUUGCAUAUAUGACCGUCGGCUGGUACUGAGAUGGCGCGAAGCGGAAGCGUGAUACGCUUGCUGGCGCAGGAUCUCGACCGGCAGCAGUCUCCCGCACGACUUGCGGCUCAUGCGCACGACGGGACAUCGGGGCCUUCCCCUGCUUCGAGAUCGGCACUGGCAGUCGUGACUUGACGGAGCUUCGAGGGGCCCUUGUCGUCGGCGAAGAGUGGUUUGCUUUUUGACUGGGAAGAAUGGUUUGCAAAGUAGUGGGCUGGGGGACUCCAAACGGUGCAGCUAUAGCAGGCUCAAUGGCAGCUUGCUGGGACUGAUUGGGAGUGAGCAUCGAAGAAAGCACAGGAGGAGGAUAAUCCGUACCUCCAGAGAGGCAAUCUCAAUCUCGUCGUUGGGAGCUGAAUGCUUACAGGACUCUGAGGGGGGCAACUGUAAUGAAUGUGAGCAAGAGUUCGUCACAACCGAUGACGGACGCACCUCGAUGCCAUCGACCUCGUCUGAGCUUGCACUCAGGUCUGAAUCGUUACUCGUGAGCUCGACGAUGCGAGGCAUGGAUGAAGAGGCCAG